UUAUACUUAAUAUAUUUAAGUAGAUUUUUUAAUAUUACGACAUGAACUUAUUUUCGUAGGAAUUUCUCAUUUUGUAUUAAAGUUAUAUAUCUACUACGCAAAUUUAUGAAUAAUUAUUUUUGUUACUAUUGUAUUCUUAUCUUAAAACAGCUUUCUCGUAUUGUAUAUAGUAGGUAUUUCAGUCAUUUGAAAUAUUUUAUCAGAAUUUAUAUACAACUUUAGUCGUUUAAGAGUUACCAGACGACAAUACGAUGUGUGUAAUUUGAGAUAUUAAAUAGAAAAUGGUAUGACCUCGACUAUGUUUUAUUGCACGUAGCCUUGAAUUAAUACAUAAGAUAAGACAAUAAUUAACAUAAGUAUAAAACAAUACACGUUGGCAAAAUGAAAUCGUACUCAUGCUAAGCAGAUAGCUCAUAGAGAUCUAAGGUUACUAUAUAAUAAUAAUAAUAAUUGUUUCUCACAUUACCUACCUAUGUCAAUAAAUGAUUUUAUAUUUAUGGACCACCUUUAACCUUCUAUUAACACAAUAAAUAUUACAAUAAGACGAUUUCACUGAAAAUAUACUUAGAUUAUUCUUUAAAAUAAAUUAAAAACGUAUAAUUUCUCCGGUUCAAUAUCAUUAGUAGGAAAAGGUUUAAUAAAAAUACUUUCGAAAAUUAAUAUCUAACGAUAUCGCCUUAGUUUAAUACGCUCUUCGAUGGUGAGUUUGCAAAACGAUUUACUUAAUGCUACGAUAAAAUGUUAAAAAACUGAUAAUAAUUUUUCAUAUACAUGUAUUCCUAUCAAAAAAUCACGCGAGUAUCGCUCAAACUACAAACGGACAAAGUCUGAUAUUGCGUCAUCGUUUACCGAAACAAAUGACGAACGCGGCCUUGCGAGUCAUACCUCUGAUUUACAAGUUCACGUUAAAAACAGCAUUUGCACUGUGUAUUUGCCAAUGAACAGGUGUACAUCGCUGUGUAAAAUUAUAUUAGAUAUAAAUGACGUAUUUUAAAAUCGCGUAAUCUGUCUAUUCUAAAUUCUAAUGUUAUCUUAUUGUUCGCAUAACCUCACUUUAGGUGAAUACUUGUGAAUGAAUAGUACUCUGUACUAGUAGUGUUCAUUGAACGAUAUCAAGCACACAUUAAAAAUGUCCAGAAAGGCUGCAGCAUCUACUUUAAACCGUAGUAUGCAAUUAUUAAGACCUAAAUUGCAUUGCUUUGGGAUUAUUAAGUACAAUAAUUUACAUACUACAGCAAAGGAAAUUAAAAUACCAGUACCAUGGGGUCAUGUCUCUGCAAAACUAUGGGGACAGGAAAACCAGCGACCUGUUUUAGCACUUCAUGGAUGGCAAGACAACGCUGGCACCUGGGAUCCACUUGCACCUAUGAUCAGUGAUAAAUUACCGAUUCUUGCUAUCGACUUCCCUGGCCACGGCCACUCAUCGUGGAUACCACCAGGGUUCCAAUAUUAUCCCUGGGAUCUACCAAGAUUGAUACUCACAAUCAAAGAUUACUUUAAGUGGGAUAAAAUUUCAAUCUUAGGACAUUCCAUGGGUUCAAUAGCUGGGAUGCGAUUCGCCUGCGUAUUCCCAGAUGAUGUUGACUUCUAUAUAUCAGUGGACAGUCUUAUUUACGAUGACUACGACUUGAACCAAGUAGUUGAAAGAUUCCCUAAAAUAUUACGAAAAAUACAGUUAGCCCAAACUCGCCUUACUGACGAACCUCCAUCAUAUACGAUGGACGAGAUUAAGCAAAAAUGGCAUUUAGGUACAAACAAAUCUGUAGCGUUGGAAAGUGUGCAGCACCUCGCACAACGCGGUUUAAAGGCGUCCUCGGCUGACCCAAAUAAGUUUUAUUUCAAUAGAGAUGCUCGUCUAAAAAGCAUACUUUUUAAUCCCGAAAAUAAAUUAUUAGUAGGGACACUUGUCAAGCGCUUAAAGUGUCCUACUUUAUAUUUCAAAGCGAUAGACUCACCCUACGCAUCAGAUGAGUAUUCCGUGGAAAUGCGAGAAGUGGUUGAAAGGAAUAAUGCGAAAUUUGAGAGCCAUUUUGUCCCAGGAACACAUCAUGUCCAAUUAAAUAAUCCUGAGAGAUUAGCACCGACUAUUAUAAAUUUUUUACAAAAGCAUAACUUUAUAUAAUUGUUACGAUUCUAUAAAUAAUAUGAUAUAAUAUAUUAAUGCAUCAUCUCAGACCAAUAACACUUGGUCUGUAUAACUAAAGUACAAAAUGAUAAAUGGGUACUUAAUCAAAUCGAUAAAUAAUAAUAUGCUUACUAUUUAUUAUACCCUGCAUAAUAAAUUUAAGUAAGGUUUUCUGACUUUGUAAAAAAAUUACAAUUUGUUAUGAAUUUCUGCUAACGCAGGGUUGUAAA